AUGCGAGGCUCACCUAGUGAACCUGGAAUUAUCCCUCUUGCUGUACAGGAUUUGUUUGACACUGAGGAUGCAAGCAGGGCGUUUGAGUUGCGUAUGCCGUACAUGGAGAUCUACAAUGAUACUAUCAUUGAUUUGUUGGCUCCCGAAAACCAAAACCAAAAUCAUUUGUUACUGGAUUACAAGAAAAAAUUGUAG